AUGGGGCGACACUCUCGUGGCCUGAGCUGCCUACUCCUGGUUGGGGUCGGGGUAGAGUGUCUUGACGUCCCACUUGAAGUGGUCCGCGGCGAUGAUGUGCUUCAUGGCCUCGGUGAACACUUCAGCGUCGUGUUGUGGAAAAGCUUCUUCCAUGAACUCCUUGACCGGAGCCGAGGUGGCGAAGAUGUCGACAAUGAGUUUCUUGAAAAGGUCGCUCUUGCGUCCCUCCGGCAUCAAAGUCUCUCGGAUGUCGCGCUUUGUCGUUUCGACCAAAGCAGCGCGCGUCUCUGCGUCCAUCCGCGCUUUCUUCGCACAUUUGUACUCCUCCGAUCGCCAGUAGCGCUUCGCCCCGCGGCAUUCUGGCUCUUUGUCUUCAAGGCACGUUGGGCAUAUCCACUCCCUGGCAGCGAGAUGCAUGACAGAAUGAAACCACGUGGUUCGCGCGCUCAUGAAUUGUGGGAAAAGCGUGCACUGUGCGCGAAAGCCCACCGCGUCGUUUUCGCGCAGGAGCUCGAUGAGGUGUCCCAUUUCCACGUGCAUGUCGCACAGCUUGUGCUUUACGAGCCGAACGGGCCGAGCGGGGUCCCUCAGGCAGGGACUUCUCCGAAUCAAAGGCCCGAGGCCCAUCGGACCGGCCGCCAAGCGGCGCGCGGCGGCAGCGGCGGCGAUGCUUCACACUCCAGGGGAGAUCGGCACCGCGGCGAGGGCAGCUCGCGCCGUGCCGCUGGCAUAGUAGUUAAAGCCCCAACUAAAGGAGGGCAUCUAAAGGCGAUAAAGUUAUAUUGGAGAAGUAAUCCUCCGGGCGGGGACGGAUACGCGGCGUACCUGAGGCAAUUGUCGCAAUCGUCUGGAAUCUCGGAGGAGGAGCAGGGGGGGGAGGAGGAGGAUGACGAGGAGGAGGAUGACGAGGAGGAACCGGCGCUCGGGGGAGCGGGUAGCCGUGGUGCGGCGUCCAAGGGAGCGCUGGUGCCCGAGCAGCAGCAGGAGGAGGAGGAGGAGGAGGAAAAGGAGGAGGAGGAGGAGGGGGGGGAGGAGGAACCAACACCGCUUGCAACUCUUGCGCUGCUCGGGCCAGCGCCAGCACCGGCGCACGCGCCAGCACCGCCGCCGGCGCCCGAGCUUGAUGAGGAGGGUCGGAGAAAAAAAAGGAAAAAAGAAGCGGAUGCGAAAAGAGGAAAAGCAGAUACGAUAAAAUGGCAGAAUAUUCGGGCAAGAGAGGAGGCAUUAGACCUCGAGAACCCCCCUGCGCCCCGAACCUGUAAGGUUAUCGCGUCUUUGUCCGCCGCAGGGCCGAUUCUAAAUAAAGGUGACGUUUUUAUGUCUAAAGCACAGAGCACUAUGAUAGUUAAAGAACUUUUUGAGAGUAUGAAAAAAAUAGCCGUUGUUUGGAAGCGCGGCGGGAGCCGUAAACAAAACUGGAAUUCAUAUAACUGCGCGUGCAGAGAAGAAAAGGACGGGGUUUUUUGCAUGCAAGUAGAUUUUCUUUACCAAGACUCCACACAAGUGUGGCUUUGCAAGAAGAUACCCGCCCCCCCUUUUUGCUCAGCUGGAAAGUCCUCGGAUAGGAAGACGAACUACCACCCCGAGGACCUUGUUCCAUGCAUGAGUUCACUCGGCAAAUAUGCUGAAAUAACAGCUGAAGCAGUGAGGAAAGAAUGUAUGGACUAUUGUCCAGCACGGAAAAUGCCCAAGAAGGCUACAGAUGCGAUGGUACUGGACCUAACCAAUGGUUUUAUACAGACUUUAGUGCGACUAACCAAGGAGCGGCGUAUGGGGAUUAGCAAGGAAGCGCCGAAAGGCAAACGAAAAUGUAUACUGUGCGAAGGGCCAAAUUUCCUCAAGGACCCUGUCGGCAAGGAUUGGGAGUGUGAAGAUUGUGGCAAAACAAUCUGUCCAUUUUGCUUCCACGAGAAAGAGCCUGGACACAAGUGCACGGAAGAGGGUAUGAAGACGCUGAACGAGUUUCUGUUAGCAGACCUCAAAGACAAGAAGUUCGUGACAGUCUAUGGGCUCGCUCCCCCCCAAUGGGAGCAACAAAUAGAUGCUUAUAGGAGGUUCUCUGCCAGCGACUUCGCGCAUUGCAACGAAGGACUCCUGCAAUGCAACGGGCAGAUAGCAGUCAGGACGUCGUUCACAGGAGAUCAGCUCUUAACAAAAGCCAUAAGAGAUACGCAGCUGCCUUCGAUGCAUGCUAUCAGUGCACAACGAAAGAGGGAAUCAUAUUCCAAAAAGGACAAAUGGACCAAACAACGAGAGCCAGGUUGGAGCGUGGCUACCGCAUCUCUCAUGCCAAUAGCGAAAGAAAUCGUAGCUAGGUACAAUGGAAAUCGAGAGGACAUGCUUGCGGAGGUGGCGAAGAACGAGAAAGCUUCCGCCGAGGAGGCGAAUGAGUUCCCACCUGCAGUUUCAGAGCGUUUUAAAUGGCACAGGGAACAAGCGGUAACAUAUAACAACAUGAGCUGCGUACUCCUGGGCCUGCUGCACUCAGAAUACACCUCUGGAGGACCACUGCCUUCAGAAGGGGAACUAAUUGGUACUGUUGGCUGCCAUAUCAGUAACAGGACUUACAAGGUCGACCUGCGACUUCUUGCUGACAAGAACCCCGGCUAUGCGUGCGAAUGCCACUUGUGUGUCACCAAACCCUGUGCAGAUGCAAGCCCCUGCAUGCAUGCGUGGCACCUUGUGUCUCACCUCCAGAUUUCGAUGAGCAAACUAGUUCACCCAGCGGACACAUGGGAAGGCUACAAAGCCCAGUACGCGGUGCCAGAACUAAGAAUUCCAACAACUGCUGAAAUAACAAGGCUUACCCUUUUGACACAGGCACGAGGGACUGAUCGACGACACGCUGACCUACCCUUUCUGUACGCGCCGAGAAAGGGGCAGGCCUCCGAAAAACCAACGAUGGUUGCCAAAAAAGAACCAGAGUUCCGAAAUGUCAAGAGUGCGGCAGGAGGGGUCACUGCUUAUCGAGAAAUAUGGGCGACUGGGAAUCAUGUCGCUGUAGAGAUGCAACGAGCAGCAGGGUUGCAAUACCGAGAGAGGCGAACGGAUUUCAUCCAGCAGCUCGCAAAGAGUAAAGAGUACCAGCGUAUUAACGACCACGACCUCGACGCCUGGGCUAAGAUAUUUGAAACAGUGGCAGGGCUAGAAUCCAAUUCCGAAUUUUUCGAUGAGCGUGACGAGGAUCAUCAGAAGGAGGUAAAAGCGGCCUACAACGCCGCGGUGCAGCGACACGAACAGGAGCAGGAAGCGUGGCCGAGCAGGCAAAUCGGACAGUUCCUAUUGUUUCACGCCAAGGCAAGAGAUGAGCAGGGUUUACGUUCUCUGACAAUUCAAGGAUGUAGACCCAGUGAAUGGCAGUGGCUUUAUGAUGCAUUCCGCGAAUGCUCCUUUGAUCGCGUAGACCUCGACGACCAAGUUGUUUGGAACCACAUAAUGGAACAAUAUGUAGAAGUGCAGAGUUCGCUCCUGUUCCAUGAUGAUGAUGAUGAUGAUGAAGGACCAGCACCAACACCAGGGCCACCGCCAGCGAAAGAACCACAAUUUGGGCUUCCCCCUGAUUUAUUAACUUGGCUCAAAGAUGAGGACAAUUGGCUCCACUGUUAUUACAAGGACCCAGCGAUAAAAAGUGUCGUGGAAGCGCAACUGGGACGAGAACUCACGGAUAGUGAGAGGAGGGAGGCGACGAAACUUGUACGGAGGAUGACAACAAUGAAGGACAAGAAGGAUGAGAGUGAUGAAUGGUGUGAAAACAUGCUCGAUGAAAACAUCCUCGAUAAAUGGUGUCAAAUGUUGUUUCCAACGCAAUCUCAGGAGCCCCUCGCAGCAGCGCCUGCAACAGAAGGGCCAGAAGGAAUCGGUCCGAGAGAGAGUUUGAGCACAUUCAUGCGUAAGAUUGAUAACCACCUAUCGAAUCCAGCACGGAUGGACACCGAGGAACCCACAGAGUGCAACAAAUUACAGCAAUGGCUGUUUGCAACGUUCAAUGACAGGAAUGCAGCUGAGUACGAACCUAUGAGGGUGAUGUUGCAGCACAUAAUGACGUCGAUGCCAAGCACAGCAGAUUUGGAGAGCGGCAUUAUAGGCAAGAACGAUGGCGGCGUAUGGGCCCGGUGUCGGCAUCUGUUGCAGUUGGCGCACGGGCCACAAGAGUGGGAAAAGAUCUUAGCAGAGCCAGUACCAGCAACAGCACCAGCACCUGCAGAGCCAACACCAGCAAUAGCACCAGAACCGGCACCAGCACCAUCAAUGGAGGAGGACCAGGAAAGCGAGCAAGAGGAUGAGAAAGAAGAGGAGGAGGAGGAAAAGGAGGAGGAAAAGGAGGGGGAGGUAGAUGAGGGGGAGGAGGAGGGGGAGGAGGAGGACGACGACGACGAGGAGGACGACGACGAGGAGGACGACGACGAGGAAGAAAAACCGGAGAACAAACCUUGCCAAGAACCUGACUUCCAGCAUCCGCCAGCCACUCAAGAGGACUGGAGAAUAUGGGCCGACUACCUGGACCAGCUGCCGUCGCUUUUUAGCCGCGUGGAUGACAAAUUCCGACAGCGAUAUGAGCCAGACUUGGAAACAUAUCAAAGCUUCGUAAGCGAAGCUCUUGCAGAUGCGAUUGAGGGUACACAAUCGCUCCACAGUAAGCACAAGCGCCCAAAAGUCGCGAGCAUGCUCAGCUGGGGUGGAGACGACGUAGCCGAGGUGCCAGCCGCCGACCUCGUACUCGACGUCGACGAAGCCGAUGUCCUCGAGGUCCUCGACGACGCGGUCGAGGUCCGUGACGCGGACGUCGUGGUCGCUGUUCGUGCCGUUCGCGUCGAAGACGUUCGCGUCGUAGGGCGCGUGUCUGGCCGGGUCCAGCGGCGCCUCGUGCGGGGCGCGGUACACCAUCUGGAGCGACAUGAGGCCGCCGGGCCGCAGCGCCGCGAAGAUGUCCUCGAGGAUGCCCCGGCGCACGACGUAGACGCAGAUGUGCUGCAGCGCGAUCCCGUCGCGGCCGACGAAGGCGAGCGCGCCCUCGACGUGCCGCGCCACCAAAUCGCAGCCGUCGACGCGGUCCCAGGCCGCGAGGCGCAGCAGGUUCGCCAUGUUGCGGCCGCCGCCGCAGGCGACGUCGAGGGCGCGCUUCCCCCGCCAGACGCGCGGGUCCCGCACGACGGGCUUCAGGAUCAUGCCCCAGUACUCCGCGGCGUCGUUGUGGAUGACGUGGUUCCCGGAUACGAGCUCCUGCGCCGCGGGGUCGUAGAAUUUGCGCUGCAUGGCGACGUAGCGCCGGCAAUUCUCCACGUGGGGCGCGCGGCAGCCGGGCAUGGGCCGGUCCUCGCCCGCGGCGGCGCGGUCGACGGGCCAGGGCGGGAGCGCCGCGUCGGCGGUCGUCGGCGGCCGCGCGGCGGCGGCGGCCGCGGCGGCGGCCGCGACGUCGCGCGCGCCGUCGACGCCCCAGGCGCGGAGCGCCGUCGACACGUCGCCUUCCGUCGGCGGGGAGCCGCGGGCGUCACGCGGCACGAGAAUCUCGCUCACGGCCGCGAUCUUCACGAUCAACCCGCGCGCGUCGUCGGCGAUGGUCACGCGUCUGCGCCUCAGUUCCGCGAGGAGGCCCGCCGCCGCGCAGUCCGCCGACGCGCAGCCGUCGAAGCCGAGCGACGGCCAGUCGACGUUGAGUUCCCUGAAGUCCGCGAGCAGCGACGGCAGCGCGCGAUGGUCGUCGAAGACGACGGCUUCGUCGACGUCGUAGGAAAUAAAUAG